GGUUACUCCACAGAAGUUGGUCCCGGAGGCUCCAGGCUCUCAGGAGGGCAGAAGCAGAGGGUCGCAAUCGCACGGGCACUUGUGCGGAAGCCACGUGUACUUAUUCUAGAUGAAGCGACAUCUGCGCUCGACAAUGAAAGCGAGCGCAUCGUACAAGCCGCUCUUGACGCCACCUGCGCUACCGGAGAGCGCACAACUCUGGUUGUCGCUCACCGUCUUACAACUGUUGAGAAAUCAGAUCAGAUUAUCGUGCUGGAAAAUGGUCGGCGCAUCGAAUACGGCACGUCUGAAGAACUUAUGGAUGCGAAAGGGGCUUAUUUCUCAUUGCAUCACGCAGAAGUGUUGCAUGCUGAGAAGCACUGA